UGAAGCAGUGCAUCCUCUUCAGAACUUCAGAAAACUGCCGCUACUAGCGUACACUUAGCCACCUAGGUGUUUGGUUCCUGCAUUGCAUUUAUCUUUUCUUUGAGAAGGAGAAGAACAAGCAGCAGCAGCAGCAGCAGCAGCAGGAGGGCUCUCUUCCUCUUCUCAAUGGAUCACCUGUCGGCCUCUGUCUUUGGGAUUCUUGGAAACAUCGUCUCAUUCCUGGUGUUCCUCGCACCCACGCCGACGUUCGUGAGGGUGUACAGGAAGAAGUCGACGGAGGGGUUCAGCUCGGUGCCGUACGUGGUGGCGCUCUUCAGCUGCACGCUGUGGAUCCUGUACGCGCUGGUGAAGACCAACUCCAGCCCGCUGCUCACCAUCAACGCCUUCGGCUGCGUCGUCGAGUCCGCCUACAUCCUCCUCUACCUCCUCUACGCGCCCCGCCCCGCCCGCCUCCGCACCCUCGCCUCCUUCCUUCUCCUCAACGUCGCCACCUUCUCCCUCGUCCUCGCCCUCACCGUCGCCGCCGUCGCCCCGCCCCACCGCGUCCGCGUCCUCGGCUCCGUCUGCCUCGCCUUCUCCAUGGCCGUCUUCGUCGCCCCCAUGAGCGUCAUCAUGGUGGUGAUCAAGACGAAGAGCGCGGAGUUCAUGCCGUUCUCGCUCUCCUUCUUCCUCACGCUCAGCGCCGUCGCGUGGUUCUUCUACGGCCUCUUCACCCAUGACCUCUACGUCACGCUUCCGAACGUGGGUGGCUUCUUCUUCGGCUGCGUCCAGAUGGCGCUCUACUUCAUCUACCGGAAGCCCAAGACGGCGGCCGGCGCGCUGAUCCUGCCGACGACGGCGGCGGCCGAUGGCACCGUGGUGGCGCCCGUGGCGGCGGCGGCGCAGCAGCAGCAGCUGGCGGAGGAGCUGGAGAUGGAGCUGGCGGCCGCCGGCGCGCACGCUGUGGCGGUGCUGCCGGCGAGCGCGCUGCCGGUGCUGGCCGAGCUGCACAAGAUGGAGCAGGAGAUCGGGACACCGCGCAAGGGCGCCAUCAAGACCGUCUGACACGUGGCCCUCCCCCGAUUGGUUCAUGCAUGCCACGUCAUCAUGCAUGAGGCCAGCAUGGGUUAAUGGCAAAAAUUAACGGUUAACACAAGUACCCGUAGUGUCAUGUCACAACUACCUAAUUAAUUUCUUUCAGCUGUUUCUUUGUGUUCCAUUUGUGUGUUUCUCGAGUCUGUAUUAAUUAUGCAAUUAUCGCAUGAAAAAAGAAGUGUGCAUGUAUUGGUAAGGGAUAAUUAAUUAAAUUAAUUUGUAUCCUAUGCAUAGUUGCAAGUUGAGACUGUAUCAUUUCCUGAUUUCCUCCUUGUCAUUGGAUCUCUGUCCAACCAUGAUCCACCAUUUCUCAAAAAAAGAAAAAAAAAGCAUGAUCCAUCACUCCCUCUAGUCUCCAUACAUUCAAUCCAAAGGUGAUUCAGCCCAUCUCUGAACUUUGUGGCCCAGGAAGUCCAAGCCCAUUAGGC